UCUCACACACCAUUGCAGUAAAGCAAAGCAAAACCUCUCAAGAACACAGAGCCAGAAGCUCAAAGGAGAAGAGUACAACAGCAGCAGAAGCAAUGAGGCCAGGAGUAGGGUUCAAUGGGACGGCGGCGGCAGCGGCGAAGGCCGUGGUUGCUCCCGCAGCCGCCGGCAGCGCCGCACAUUCCGCAUGGCACUCGCCGGUGCCGUACCUCUUCGGCGGCCUGGCCGCGAUGCUGGGCCUCAUAGCCUUCGCGCUCCUCAUCCUUGCGUGCUCCUACUGGAAGCUGUCCGGCUACCUGGAAGGCGGCGCCGGCCGCGGCGACGAGGACGGUUCCGGCGCCGACAGCGCGAAGCCCCCGGCCUCGGACCUGCCGCCACCGAUAUGGGAGGAGAAGAUACUGGUGAUCAUGGCCGGGGACGUGAAGCCGACGUACCUGGCCACGCCCAUGUCGAGCAGAGCGUCCUCCUUUGGAGACCGUAGCAGCAAGGGGGAGGAGGACGAGACAAAGAAGGUGCAAGAAGUCUCCAUGGCCAGCAUCAAGGAUGCUGAGAAUGGUGAGCACAGUGAGAGCCGGAGAGAAAGAGAGGAGCACCACAUCCCUGAGGUGUGAGCUUCACUUCUAAUUUUUUUAGUUUAGGUUUGUUUUGGUUUUGCGAUUGGUGAGAUGACUAGAACGGUUUGGAAUCGUUGGCGAGACGCCGAAACAGAAUAAAAUCGGCAGCUCUCUUGCCGUCCGUUCAGAAAAAAGGACGCCAAAACAGAAGCCACACAACAUUUUUGUUUGGUUUGCUCGGAGAAGAGGAGCAAUUCGGUGGUGCCGAAAACCAUCUCCAAGAGAACCCCAAUCGGAGUGGUAAUUUUGUUCAGUCAUCUGUAAUUUUUGCUAUGAUGGGAUUGGAAUUAUAGCAUCAGAAGCGCAGCUUUUGCUAAUUGAGCCUUUUGUUUCUUGAGAAAA